CCGAAAAGAGAUUCAAACACGCAGAUGGGUGUGAAAAGCUAAUCUGAAUAAGACAUCAAUUAAGAUUGUGGGUUACAUAAGUAUGAAUGGUCAUCGGUAUUUCGUGGAGCCGAUCGCCGAGCACGUUCCAAACAAAAGGGGUCAACUUCUGCACAUGGUGUACGAACGUUCGCAGAAUUACAGUGGCGGUCCUCACUGCGGCACGGAGCAGAGAUGGCAGGAUGCGUGGCGCGACAGGUUUAGGAAGAGUCUGAAGGAUAAGCUGGAGGAUGAGGAUGUCGAUGAGGAUGAGAAGGCCGAGGCGAAGAGGGGAUUGGAGAGCGUGCACAGGUAUCUGGAGACGCUCGUCGUGGCGGAUAAGAAGUUUUUGGAGCAUCACAAGGAUACGGAUCACGAGCUCUACAUUAUGACCAUCAUGAAUAUGGUCUCGGAUUACUAUCACGACUCGAGCAGCGGCAAUCAGAUGGACGUGGUCGUGGUCAGGAUAAUGUACUUGGAGAAGGAGGAGGAGGAGAUCGAUCUGGUAAUUAACCAGGACGCGGAGAAGACUCUGGCGAGCUUCUGCGACUGGCAGCAGAGGAUCAACCCGAAGGACAUCAAAAACCCGAACCACCACGACAUCGCCAUCCUCCUGACACGGCAUGACAUAUGUGCGGACAACAUGGCUAAUUGCGGCCUCAUGGGGUUGGCCUUCGUAGCCACGGCCUGUAGCGGAGAUAAACCUUGCGCCAUUAAUGAAGACGGAGGCCUCAUCCUGGGGAUCGUCACCGCUCACGAAAUGGGCCAUGUGAUGGGAUGCUCUCACGAUCAAGAGGACGUUUCCGGAUGCCAGCCCCAAGCCGAGGACAAGUCCUUCUACGUUAUGUCGCCCUUCGUCCAUCUGCAUACCAAUAUAUGGUCAAACUGUUCCAGAGGUUUCAUAACUGCAUUAUUCGAUAACGAUCUCGGGGAGUGCUUGAACGAUGAGCCUCAAGUCUCGCUGUUCGAAGACAAGAACAUGCUGCCAGGAACCAUUUACGACGCCAAAUAUCAAUGUCAGAUGGAAUACCCGGGCUCCUCGGUCUGCGAAGGAACACCGGAAAGAUUCUGCAGAAGGUUGCUAUGCAAAACGGAGCCGGACAGGUGUAAGACGAACGGAGAACCGCCGGCCGAUGGGACGAAAUGCGGGGACAACAAGUGGUGUUAUGACACGAAGUGCGUGGAGAUCGGUGAACGUCCUGCUGCGAUAAACGGCGGUUGGAGCGAUUGGGGUAGUUAUACGGAUUGUUCGAGGACGUGCGGCGGUGGAGUGUCCUAUUCCAGCAGGGAUUGCAACAAUCCGAAGCCGCAGCACAAGGGAAGAUAUUGCAUGGGCGAACGCAAACGUGUGAAGAUCUGCAACGUCAGGAAGGGGUUCCCUCCUUUCGAACUGUGCAGUGCGCCGAGCAUGACAAAAAGCCGUUUCAGGAUAAGCUUACCACCUGGAAACCCUUCAGAAAGGAUA